GUACUUUCCUGCAUGUGCUGUGUUGUUUACCCUCUCUGCAGCCACCACAACUGGAAAAGGGCUGGGCUGAGUGCUCUUUCCUUUUCUGAGUCUGGGUGGGAAGACAUGUUGGUGUCAGUGGUUGACUCCAUCUUACCAAUACUUGUGAACCAUUACUCGACUGGGAUAGACCAAGUUAAAUAUAAACUGCAGAGGUCCAGUCCAGACUUGAACAGAGCUGCAUAUGAUGUUCUUAUUCUUAGAUAAUGAAGGCUGCCUUGUCAAAUGUUCAUACUGUUGUUUGCAGCACAGCAUUUGUCACUUCAAACAUCAAGAGAAUAGGACAAAACAAAGCUGAACUUCAGCCCCAAGACACACGUUCAGGUGAAGCCAUUUUGAUUUUUACGGUUCCAGCGAGUGAAUGCCAGAGACUUGGGCAUGCUAGCGAGGAGGACAUGUACCGUGCUGCAGAUGAAAUAGAAAAGGAGAAAGAAUUGCUAAUACAUGAAAGAGGGAUAUCAGAACCCAGGUUAAGUGUGGCUCCUGAAAUGGAUAUCAUGGACUACUGCAAAAAAGAAUGGAGAGGAAAUACUCAGAAAGCCACAUGUAUGAAAAAGGGCUAUGAGGAAGUUUCUCAGAAAUUCACUUCCAUAAGGCGAGUCCGUGGUGAUAACUACUGUGCACUGAGGGCCACACUGUUCCAGGCCAUGAGCCAGCUGGCCGAGCUGCCCCCCUGGCUGCAGGACCUGGAGCUUAUACUGUUACCAGAAAAGCUGAUAAACAAGUAUACCUGGAUCAAGCAGUGGAAACUUGGACUGAAAUUCGAUGGGAAGAGUGAAGACCUGGUUGAAAAAAUUAAGGACUCCCUUGCCCUGCUAAGGAAGAAGUGGGUAAGCCUGGCUGCAAUGAAAACUGCGGAAGCGAGGCAGACAGCCUGUGAUGAAUUGUUCACAAACGAAGAGGAGGAGUACAGUCUCUAUGAAGCUGUGAAGUUCCUAAUGUUAAACAGAGCCAUCGAACUGUAUGAUGACAAGGAGCAGGGAAAGGAAGUUCCGUUUUUCUCUGUGCUCUUGUUUGCCCGAGACACAUCAAAUGACCCUGAACAGCUCCUGAGGAACCACCUAAACCAGGUGGGACACACGGGUGGCCUUGAACAGGUUGAAAUGUUCCUUCUUGCCUAUGCUGUUCGCCACACCAUCCAGGUGUACCGGCUGUCCAAGUAUAACACUGAGGAAUUCAUCACAGUCUAUCCCACUGAUCCCCCCAAGGACUGGCCAAUGGUGACCCUCAUAGCUGAGGAUGAUCGGCACUAUAACAUCCCUGUCAGAGUCUGUGAGGAGACAAGCCUGUGAGGGACACACAUGUGAACUGCCAAGAGAUGCACAUGUGCAGCUCCUCCUCCGGGGGGGGCCUCAGUGUGCAGGUCUCCAAGGACAAUCUGGGAGAACUCUCGGGUCCCUGGAGCCAACUUUGGACUGUUCUGUCCUGAAGACUAGCUGUUGAUAAUGAGAAUUAAUUAGCCAAGCCUUCACUCAUUGUUCUGUUACACAGUGUGUUUCACUGGGGGCUUCAGCACGUGCCUUUGGAAGGUGCAAACUCUGUCUCCAUAAGGCAGGUGCUUUUGGGUCAGAGGAAACUGUUUGGAAAGGAAUCUGUCCAAUGAACGUUCUGAUGGUAAACUGGUUUUUACUUCUCUUUUUAAAACAGUAGUUUUGUUUUUGAUUUUUAUUCCUUUUUUGGGGGAAUGGUGGCGAUGGUUCUCAUUAGUGGUCUUCCUAUGAGAUAUGCUUAAAUGGCAGUAUCCUGGGAUGAGUAGUUACAGUCUCUUUUGAUAGCCUCAUCUGCUUUUGGAGGGAUGAACAAUAUGCCAAUUAAUAUAUUUUAAGUAGAUUGUCUCUUAGAAGACUAAGAUCGAGGUCCCAGAGUACUUGCUUUGAAGGCUGGAAGAGGUUCAGGAGAGAGUGGGGAGGAGUCUAAGCUUUGGCUGCCGAGGCUCUGUGCCCUGGCACAGGGAGGUGCUCUAGUGUUGGGUUGGGGUUUUCAGUGAUUCCAGUGUUUCUAGUGGUGGGAAUCAAAACUCGUCACUUAAGUUCAGAGGUGGGUACCCCUUUUCAUGCUGUCGACGGGGCCAUGUACUGUCAAGCCCAGGUAACUCAUCCGGUGACAGGAUGUGACAGGAUGUCUGAUGAGCAAGUCAGAGCAGAAGUGUGUGCUAAACAGUCCAAAGUGUGAUGGAGCUGCUUGGCAGCUAAGAGGCAGCCAGGUGGCUAGGAUAGGUUUGUCUGCAUGGCAUACGCCAUGUUCCCGACUUGGGCAGGGCUGACUGGGGAGCUGUCCUGAGCAUGAGUUGUCUUGGGGCCUUUAUUUCCCUCAGGGGACAUAGCCUGUGGCCUUUGUUCAUGGGACCAGACACAUCUUUCUUUAGGAUUCCGUCUGUAGCACCUGACUCAGUUCAACAUUUGUUGGUGGUGUUAUCGUAAUGUGUUGAACUUAUUUUAUGAUAGUUAAAAUUCUUAAUUUGACUCCAUUUCAUAGAGUCGAUGAGCAACUUGUUUUGAGAGAAAAGACAACCCUUUAAAAUAUAAAUUUUUGUUUCAAUAAAAAUUGAGUCUUACGUAUAAAAACUCAGGAUAUAAAAGCAA